AGUGCUGGCAACAUGGAAAGGAUAGUCAUCUGUCUGAUGGUCAUCUUCUUGGGGACAGUGGCCCAUAAAUCAAGCUCCAAAGGGCAAGAUCGUUACAUGAUUAGAAUGCAUCAACUUAUAGAUAUUGUUGAUCAGCUGAAAAGUGAUGUGAAUGACUUGGACCCUGAUUUUCUACCUGCUCCACAAGAUGUACAGAAAGGCUGUGAGCAGUCAGCUUUUUCAUGUUUUCAGAAGGCCAACCUCAAGCCUGCAAAUGCAGGAGACAAUGGAAAGAGAAUAGGCUCAUUAAUUAAGCAGCUGAAGAGGAAACUACCUAGCUCAAAGUCAAAGAAAACACAGAAACACAGACCAACAUGUCCUUCGUGUUAUUCAUAUGAGAAAAAAAACCUUAAAGAAUUCCUAGAAAGACUGAAAUCACUUCUUCAAAAGAUGAUUCACCAGCAUCUCCUUGAACAUCUGGGAUAG